CCGCGCGGUGUCUCGCACCGAUCGCAAUCAGGCGUUUGUGUCGUCUAGCGCACAUCACCGUGUGCUUACCUAGCGCGCAUAUAAAAACGGAGCCUUCCGCUCACAUGGAGAGAUGCACCUUCUGCUGCCUUGUGUGUGGCGUCUCCGCUGCAGAACUGCUGGCCCCAAGAAACCAAGUUAAACUUUCUUUUUGUUAAGCUUCUCGAUCGUACCCAUACAAAAAGCUUUCUGUCCAGGAGAAGCAAACCCGGGCUUCUUCUUGGGGGCCGGCCAACUGGAGUCUCCUUGAUCAAGUUGUCUGUGCUGUCCCUUUUCCUGUGGUGAUCUUUCCCCCAUUUGGUCCACCUUUCUGUUGGUUUGGGUGCUUUGAGUUCUAGGUGGUGUGUGCUUGAAGAAGAUACUCGUCGUGGGGCAUCCCGUCGACUGAGAAUGUUGCGCGAAAGAUGGCAGGGAUGCGUGUUUCUGCUCGCCCUUCUUCUCUCGAAUGCGUCAGGCACAACUUCUCUGGGAGUUCUUCCGUCGGACUUGGCGAAAAUCGUGCAGUCUAAGCAGACGAAGCAAGCGCGCGUGUGCGGGGCAGACCACCGGCUGCUGCGAUCCCUCGCCAACACGGGAGAAGAGGUCAUUCUCACGAUCCCGAACGAGCAGCUGCAGCACAUGGCCGAGUUCCGGGAAGAGGCCGACCUCUGGGUCGCCGCCAACGUGGUGCCGUUCCUCCCCGCGACCAGGAUCACGCACAUCUUGGCAGGCAUCAACGUCCUGCAUUCCAGCUCCCAAACAGGGGAGGAAUCCUCCUACCUUCUGGUCCCGGCCAUGCUGAACCUUCACGCUGCGCUCGUCGCCGCCCGCCUCGACGGCCACGUCAAGGUCUCCACCGCGCUGACAUCCGGGGCGGCCGCCACGGGCCACCUGCUGCGGUUCCUCAAGGAGACCGGCUCGCCCUUCUUCCUCCUGAGCGCUCCUAAUAAGGCUACAAACGCCAGAGCCGACCACGUGUACGGCGCGAUGCGGGCGCUCAAGUUUUCGGGCGUCCCGCUGAUCGUGGCGGAAACGGAAUCAGAGGAGCUUGAUGGGAAGCUGGUGUACCGCAGCUACUACAUGGACGGCAGCGGCAGCGGCAGGAGGCGGUCGCUGGCGACGGGGACGUUCUGCGUGGCGCUGCAGAACGCGGACCCGACGGCGCUGCAGGCGGGGCUCAGCUGGGCGUGCGGGCAGGGCCAGGCCGACUGCUCCGCGAUCCAGCCCGGCGGGGCUUGCUACAAGCAGAACAACCUCGCCGCCUUGGCCUCCUACGCCUACAACGACUACUACCAGAAGAACGCCGGCACCGGCGCCACCUGCUCCUUCAACGGCACCGCCACCACCACUGCCACCGAUCCCAGCGCAGGGUCGUGCGUCUUCGAAGGAAGCACGACGGCAGGAGGCUCCAACUCGAGCGUGCCGACCGCCAGCCCUCCGACAAGCCUGGCCCCGCCGUCAGGCCUCACCCCUCCGACCGGCUCGAGCCCGCCGUCCGACUUUGGGCCCCCGGCGGCCGGCUUCGGCCCACCAUCUGGCUUCGGUCCCCCGUCUGGUUUCGGCAGCCCGCCGUCGGCGUUCGGCCCGCCGGGCAGCUUCAACGGGAGCGGGACAUUCGGCCCGAGCGGCACGCUCGAGCCUUACGGCAGCGGGUGUCGCCAUGUCGCAUCCUUGGCUGGCUUGACUCUUCUGUCCGCCGCUCUUCUUGCCGUUCUUGUCGCGUCGCCCGAUCUGAUGUAAAUUAAUUUAUCUGAGUGUGAAUUUGGGUUCGCUCUAGAGAGCUCGUGCAUGCCGUCGUUAGCUAUUACUAUACCGGGAUCAAUCACAUCUUAUGUUGCUCUUGUAGAUGCCAGAUUGCAUAUAUAAGGUGAGAUCUUUGUUGCUUA